GAUACGAUCUCUGAGUCCCUCAGCUAUAAAUAGGGCACAUAACGCUUGCAACCCUUACGCACUCACAUUCUGCCUCCCUCUGCCCUUCCUCUUCCUGGGUCUUAGGUUUUCCUCUCUCUCAGCCGCCUCAUACUCUUAAGCUAGUUUUGUGAUUUAGAAUGGGUAAAGAGAAGGUUCACAUCAACAUCGUCGUCAUCGGCCAUGUCGACUCCGGCAAGUCGACCACCACCGGCCACUUGAUCUACAAGCUUGGAGGAAUCGACAAGCGUGUGAUCGAGAGGUUCGAGAAGGAGGCCGCUGAGAUGAACAAGAGGUCAUUCAAGUACGCCUGGGUGCUCGACAAGCUCAAGGCCGAGCGUGAGCGUGGUAUCACCAUCGAUAUUGCCUUGUGGAAGUUUGAGACCACCAAGUACUACUGCACUGUCAUCGAUGCUCCCGGACAUCGUGACUUUAUUAAGAACAUGAUUACUGGGACUUCACAGGCCGACUGUGCUGUCCUUAUCAUUGAUUCCACCACUGGUGGUUUUGAAGCUGGAAUCUCGAAGGACGGCCAGACCCGUGAGCAUGCUCUCCUUGCCUUUACCCUUGGUGUCAAGCAGAUGAUCUGUUGCUGCAACAAGAUGGAUGCAACUACCCCUAAAUACUCCAAGGCGAGGUAUGAUGAAAUUGUGAAGGAAGUUUCUUCCUACCUGAAGAAGGUUGGUUACAACCCUGACAAAAUCCCAUUUGUUCCUAUCUCUGGUUUCGAGGGUGACAACAUGAUUGAGAGGUCAACCAACCUUGACUGGUACAAGGGCCCAACUCUCCUUGAUGCUCUUGACCUGAUCUCUGAACCCAAGAGGCCCUCAGACAAGCCUCUCCGUCUCCCUCUUCAGGAUGUUUACAAGAUUGGUGGUAUUGGAACUGUCCCAGUUGGUCGUGUUGAGACCGGUGUCAUCAAGCCUGGUAUGGUUGUUACCUUUGGCCCAACUGGACUAACCACUGAAGUUAAGUCUGUUGAGAUGCACCACGAGGCUCUUCUGGAGGCUUUGCCUGGUGACAAUGUUGGCUUCAACGUCAAGAAUGUUGCUGUGAAGGAUCUCAAGCGUGGUUUUGUUGCAUCCAACUCAAAGGAUGACCCUGCCAGGGAAGCUGCUAACUUCACAUCUCAGGUCAUUAUCAUGAACCACCCUGGUCAGAUUGGAAAUGGUUAUGCCCCAGUUCUCGACUGCCACACCUGCCACAUUGCUGUCAAGUUUGCUGAACUUGUCACCAAGAUUGACAGGCGUUCUGGUAAGGAGCUCGAGAAGGAGCCCAAGUUUUUGAAGAACGGUGAUGCAGGGAUUAUCAAGAUGAUUCCCACCAAGCCCAUGGUUGUUGAGACUUUCUCUGAGUACCCACCUCUUGGUCGCUUUGCUGUCAGGGAUAUGCGCCAGACUGUUGCUGUUGGUGUUAUCAAGGGUGUUGAGAAGAAGGAUCCCUCUGGUGCUAAAGUCACCAAAUCUGCUGCCAAGAAGAAGACGGUUUUGUCUCUAGUUUUAUUUCUAUUGGCUUUACGUGUUCCUCCUUGUCUGGUCGUCGCACCCAGAACUGGGUGCUGGACAGGCGGUGGUAACACAUUGCCAGUAAUGGGUAAAGAGAAGGUUCACAUCAACAUCGUGGUCAUCGGCCAUGUCGACUCUGGCAAGUCGACCACCACAGGACACUUGAUCUACAAGCUCGGUGGAAUCGACAAGCGUGUGAUCGAGAGGUUCGAGAAGGAAGCCGCUGAAAUGAACAAGAGGUCAUUCAAGUACGCCUGGGUGCUCGACAAGCUCAAGGCUGAGCGUGAGCGUGGUAUCACCAUCGAUAUUGCCUUGUGGAAGUUCGAGACCACCAAGUACUACUGCACUGUCAUCGAUGCUCCCGGACAUCGUGACUUUAUCAAGAACAUGAUUACUGGGACUUCACAGGCCGACUGUGCCGUCCUUAUCAUUGAUUCCACCACUGGUGGUUUUGAAGCUGGAAUCUCCAAGGACGGCCAGACCCGUGAGCAUGCUCUCCUUGCCUUUACCCUUGGUGUCAGGCAGAUGAUCUGUUGCUGCAACAAGAUGGAUGCAACUACCCCUAAAUACUCCAAGGCGAGGUAUGAUGAAAUUGUGAAGGAAGUUUCUUCCUACCUGAAGAAGGUUGGUUACAACCCUGACAAAAUCCCAUUUGUUCCUAUCUCUGGUUUCGAGGGUGACAACAUGAUUGAGAGGUCCACCAACCUUGACUGGUACAAGGGCCCAACCCUCCUUGAUGCUCUUGACCUGCUCUCUGAGCCCAAGAGGCCCUCAGACAAGCCUCUCCGUCUCCCUCUUCAGGAUGUUUACAAGAUUGGUGGUAUUGGAACUGUUCCAGUUGGUCGUGUUGAGACCGGUGUCAUCAAGCCUGGUAUGGUUGUCACCUUUGGCCCAACUGGACUAACCACUGAAGUUAAGUCUGUUGAGAUGCACCACGAGGCUCUUCUGGAGGCUUUGCCAGGUGACAAUGUUGGCUUCAACGUCAAGAAUGUUGCUGUGAAGGAUCUCAAGCGUGGUUUUGUUGCAUCCAACUCAAAGGAUGACCCUGCCAGGGAAGCUGCUAACUUCACUGCUCAGGUCAUUAUCAUGAACCACCCUGGUCAGAUUGGAAAUGGUUAUGCCCCAGUUCUCGACUGCCACACCUGCCACAUUGCUGUCAAGUUUGCUGAACUUGUCACUAAGAUUGACAGGCGGUCUGGUAAGGAGCUCGAGAAGGAGCCCAAGUUUUUGAAGAACGGUGAUGCGGGGAUUAUCAAGAUGAUUCCCACCAAGCCCAUGGUUGUUGAGACUUUCUCCGAGUACCCACCUCUUGGUCGCUUUGCUGUUAGGGACAUGCGCCAGACUGUUGCUGUUGGUGUUAUCAAGGGUGUUGAGAAGAAGGAUCCCUCUGGUGCUAAGGUUACCAAAUCUGCUGCCAAGAAGAAGUGAAAAAGUAAAUGUU